AUGGAGCGCUGGGACUCGCUGGGAUUACUGAUUAUCACACUCAACUAUAAUGUGACUGUUGUGGGAAAGAUCUGGCUGAUAUUAAUAAUUCUGCUGAGACUGGCAGUGGUUGUGCUAGCAGGCUAUCCACUCUACCAAGACGAGCAGGAACGCUUCAUCUGCAACACCCUGCAGCCUGGGUGCUCCAAUGUUUGCUAUGACUUAUUCUCUCCCAUAUCUCAAUUUAGAUUCUGGCUCAUUCAGACUGUGGCUAUCCUGCUGCCUUAUGCUGCUUUCAGCAUUUACGUUUUGCACAAGGUAGCCAUGCACAUUGUCAGCAUGCAUUGGUCGAUACAUGGACGCAAAGGCACUAAGAGUUUGCCUAGCCCUGAAGACCAGAAGAAACGCUGUGCAAGUGCUGUUGUCAACAGACUAAAGUGUGAUGCAGACAACUUGAAGGUCCUUAAUUUUUCUGAGGCAUAUACUGUUCAUCUUUCUUUUAGGACACUAAUUGAGGCUGCCUUUGGAGUUGGACAGUAUUAUCUGUUUGGAUUUUUUGUUCCUGAGCGCUUUUCCUGCUACCAUUCCCCUUGCACAAGCACGGUUGAUUGCUAUAUUUCCCGGCCCACUGAGAAAUCCAUAAUGAUGAUUUUCAUCUGGGGAGUGAGUAGCCUGUCCUUCCUGCUCAGCCUUGUUGAUCUUGUCUGUGCUCUUCAGAGAAUGACAGCAAGGAACCAACAGAAGAAGCUCCACGUAGAGGAUACACACAUUUUAGAUCUGCCUCCAGGACAGCAUGAUAGCUCUCCCCUAGCUCAACAGCAAGACCACCCAGUACCAAAUGACAGCCAGAGCAGUGACGGCUCCUGCUCGCUUCUCUCUGAAGAGGAAGAAGAGUCUGUUCUUCAUCCUGAAGUAGUCUCUCAGCAAACUGCCAGCACUAAUCUUAACAGCAACAGCAAUAAACCCUGUGUAUCAAGAGGUCUUACUGCUAAUCAAGACAGCACUGAAGAACCCUUGUGUGCCACUGACCUGCAAGACACUGUGUGCAGGCAAGUGAGACCCGGGUUUCAGCAAGGCUUCAUUCAAGACACUGCCCUGACUUUGAGACCUCAGAUUAAGUCUCACCUUGGAGUUUCCUCCUCUGUAGCUCAGAGCAAACUUUCAGGACAUUAUAUUUCAGCUGACCUAAAAAAUGCUGAUGCACAAUCAAAUUAUAGCAGUACUAGUUGCCUGAGGUCAAAAAAAUCAGAAUGGGUAUAG